UGACCAGAAUAUUGUACCACAAGCCUCAAAUCCUUAGUACAUACCCUAAUCAUAAAAUUCCCACUUGAUUCUUCAUGUCACAUGGCAUCCAUAUCUAAAUUCUUGACUCAUCUUUACACCAUCACCAUACUAUUUCUCUCCGCCCUCCUCCUCGAGCUAGUGAUUUUGAUAGGCAGCGCCGCCAAAAUUGUCGCCAGACGACCGAUAACCACCGAGCGAUUCCUCCAACUCAUCGACAAGAAAGCACCCGCCCGUCGGUACAAAACCGGGCAAGGGAUUGACCCUUUGGAGUGUAGGGUUUGCUUGUCACUCUACGAAGAAGGGGAUGAAGUUCGGAAACUGAAGUGCAAGCACACGUUCCACAAAGGGUGUGUCGACAUGUGGCUGCAGCAGGAUCUUGCGACGUGCCCAUUGUGUCGGAGGGCGGUGCUGCCGGAGGAGGUGGUGGUCAAGCACCGGCUGCACCGGAACCACCACUACCAGGAGUACCGUGAUAUUGGGAGUGAUGAGGAGCUAAUGUUGUUGUUUUAUGCAUUAAAUGGAGGUAAUUUCCUAAGCAGGUUUUUGUAACAACAUAACAUACAUGUUUUCAAGGUAUAUACGCGUGUUCUUCUGUGUCUAUACAACAGUUGACUUUUAUGGCAAUAUUACUCAGACAUACUUUAGGUUAA